GAAAAGAGGCUCAAGAAGGACGCGGGCCGGCAGCGCUGGGGCCAGUACUUCCGCAGCAUGAAGCGCGCCCGCGCCAAGCCCGACAAGGACGGCGCCCCCGAGGAGGCGCAGGACAGCGACGCCGAGGUCUCCUUCACCGAAGAGCCGUCCAUGGCCGAGAUAGGCCCUGCUAACGGCCUCUAUGGCAGCCUUGCGGAGCCCACCCCAGCCUUGGGCCGGCCCUCAGGAGCCCCAGGCAGCUUCCCGCUGGAGCACGGAGGCCUGGCCGGCCCAGGCCCAGAGCAGUAUCGUGAGCUGCGUCCUGGCAGCCCCUAUGGCGUCCCCCCAUCCCCGGCUGCCCUGCAGAGCCUCUCCGGCCCCCAGCCCCUCCUCUCCAGCUUGGUGUACCCUGAUGCUGGCCUGGGCCUCGUACCCACGGGGGCCCCGGGUGGGCCCCCGCCCAUGAGGGUGGUGGCAGGGAAUGGACCCAGCUCCGACCUGUCCACAGGGAGUAGCGGGGGCUAUCCAGACUUCCCCGCCAGCCCUGCCUCCUGGCUGGACGAGGUGGAUCACGCUCAGUUCUGACGGAGGCUCCCAGCUCCACUGAGCUCUGAACUUGAAGGGCCUGGCCCACGGCGGUGCUGCCCCUGGCUGGGUGGCCUGGAGCUGCAUGCUCCUUUCCCAAAGCCCUGGACCUCUUCGAGAAGCAGGUGCCACCAGCGGGGGACAAGAUGAAGAUGUCCAUGGAGGGCUGGCUGCUGUCGAGCGCCCAGCCCUCAGCCCCCACUCUUGGGGCAAGGACUCUAUGCCUGCUCAUCCUGGGACACAGGGCUGGCCCGCCUGGUGGGCAUCCAGCAAGCCUUGUUUUAUAAGCAGAGUUUUCCCUUUACUGACCGAUUAACUGAGGGCUUGCUGCUGAUUCUAGACAUGAAAUGUCAUCCCACCUAGGCCAGGCCUUCACUCGGGGCCUCUCCCCAGCCCAGCCCAGC